UUUGUAAUUUUUUUUUUUUAUAAUAGGACUGUGUGUGUACAGUGUUUUGUUUUUUGAAAAAUCAAAUCGUUUUUUAAAUUAAAAAUUAUGGAUUCGUCGUGCAUAUUUGCAAGUGAACCACAGAGCACUUGGAGUAAUUGUUCAACAUCAUCCGCAACAAGUACCGAUUAUGAGAGCGGUGAAGAUGAAUCCGAUACAGAUAUGACAGAUGAUUAUAUGGAUGUAAUGUUUAAUGAUACAUCCAAUUAUUAUAUAAAUCAUAAUUCAUGUAACAAUAGUACUUCCAAUGAUCUUCAUCAUCACCAUACAAUAGACACUUGUACAAAUAAUUAUAAUACAACCAUAUCAAAUUAUUCUUCAGAAGACUUUAAUAAUUCCAUAUGUGCCAAUAAUAAUAAUAAUAAUUCUACCACAACUAUUUCGAGGCGUCCUACUACUCAAACAAGGAUGCAUGUCGCAAUGGCUGUAAUAUCUCGUGCUAUUUUACCUACUGUUGUAAGCCUAUAUUAUGCGAUAAUACGCAAUCAUAAAACUGUUGUCGAUAGUUUACGAAGACGACUCUUACCCGCGAUUGUUGCCUUUCUUGCAAACAGCAUAUCAAGAUCAUUGUCUUCAGUUCAAGUUUUUCGUCCUAUUCGAAAAGAAUCACAACAAGCAAUUCUUGACAACUCAACAACCCAAGAAAUAUUAUAUCAACCAAUUUCCCUACCUGAGAAAAGUGUCAAAUGUGAAAUAAUCGUAGAACCACCUUCAAAUGAAACAGUACGUGCAGAUGUUAUUUUUAUCCAUGGGUUACAUGGCUCAUUAUUAAAAACUUGGCGACAAGGAACAUGGGAUCCAGACCGUUCGAAGAUCGAUGAAAAUGUUAAGAUUUUACGUAGGGCAAGUACAGGCAGUCGAAAUAUUGAAGGCACUACAAGUAGUAUAUCAAUUUUGUCCCGUAAACGUAGUGUCAUGUUACCAGUAAAUUGUUCUGUUUGUUGUCCGAAUAAAAAAGCCACAAUGGAAAUAAAAGAGACAGAUGAAACUGAUGACACGAAUAAAGAACAUAUUUGCGCGGUUCGAUUAAGUGACAUCAGUGAAACUAAUGAUAAAAUUGAGACAAAUAACAAACAAGUUUCAAAAUGUUGGCCUCAAGAUUGGUUACCCGAGGAUUGUCCAGGUGUUCGUGUCAUUGCCAUAAAUUAUACGACAGAUCCAUAUUUAUGGCGACCUGUUUGGAUUAAAAAAAGAAAUCGGACUUCGAUGGAAGAUCGUUCAAAAGAAAUGAUGGAACAGUUGAUGGAAAUUGGUGUUGGAAAUCGUCCCAUUAUUUGGGUAGCUCACUCCAAAGGAGGUUUAUUUGUAAAACAAAUGAUCGUGAAUGCAUGGGAAAAUCGAGAUUCGACACAAUUCGUAGCACAAGAAUUGUCCUACCAAUUGAAAGGAUUUUAUCAACAAACAAAAGGCAUAAUGUUUUAUAGUGUACCUCAUAGGGGCUCAUCACUUGCUGAUAUGAAUUUACCGUUAUUGCGGCAAUCCAUUGAAUUAACGGAAAUACAAAAAGAUUGUCCAGGUGUGUUGGAUUUACAUCGUAGAUUUUUACAAUUAUGUGAUACAGAGGAGUUUAAUCCUGAAAUAUUUAGUUUUAUUGAAACAUCUUUAACAUUAAUGUCAAUAUUAUAUUUAAGAAUAGUUUCUGUAGACUCUGCAGAUCCUGGAGUAGGUGCUACAUGUGGCGUUCCAUUAGAUCAUAGGGAUAUAUGCAAACCAGUUGGGCGAGAUUGCUUUCUCUAUCAAGAAUUAGCGGAAUUAAUAAAUAGAGUAGUCUAGUCUAUUUUAAAAAAAUAAUAUAAUUAAUAUUAUAUAAUUUUGGGUUAAUU